AGACGUGUGGGGCAUGGAAGCCGAGCUCGCCGUGAUGGGCGACGGCGGGCGCGCGGCCGCGAGCGUACGCGCGCUCACCGAGGUGCGGAGCUACCUCGAAGACGUGUUGAAGAACUACAAAGAGAAAGGCAAGCUGCCGGCGCCGCCGCUGCCGUCGCUCGCGCCGCUCAUGCUCGCGAGCAUGGCGCCGCCGUCGUCGCUCCCGAAGAAGCGGGGGCGGCCGCCGCGCAGCGCCACACGGACGAGCAUCGUGCCGGCCCAGUUGGCGCAUCUCGUGCCUGAGGCGGACGAGGUGGCUGCGCGCGCGGAGCACGCGCCCAUCCGGCGCAAGGGCGUGAAGCGGAACAAGGUCGAGCUUGAGCGCGAGGCGGCGCGCAUCAACGAAGAGACGGAGAUGAUGAAGAGCCUCGCGCGCAUGGGCGUGUGGAAGGGCGACGAGUGGGUCGAGGGGGUGUAGUAGGCGUCUAUCUUGUAUGCAAGUUGUAUAAUGGG